CUGCAGAACAAAGCGCUUGUCUGAAGGAUUUACCUUGAGCUUUUUUGCAGUGAUGACAACAACUUCUAAUUCAACAUCCGCCAGCAAGCUCUGCUCUGCUGUUGUUGUACAUAUUCAUUGAGCAGUGUCAAUGCCUCCUUCUCGUUCUUCGCACACACAACCGUUGUAUCUGUGAAAAGAUGAAUGACAGCAUAUCUAUCUUGGUAGCAGUUUUUCUUAUUCUGAUAGUUCUUCGUUGGUUAUUCGGUAGUUGUUGUUAUUUUUCUUCAUUAUCAUUACUUUUGUUACAGUAAUUAACUAAUCCUGACUUAGGUGGAAGCCAACGCAAUCAGCCACAACAGCAGCAACAACCACAGAGACGUACAGUAGGAAGAAGAGUUCAUCGAGUUACGCCUCAAAUGAUUGAGACCGUGCGUGCCAUGUUCCCUGACAUAUCUGUGGCCGCUAUUCAAGCUGAUUUACAAAGAACUGGUUCAGUUGAAACGACAGUAGAUAAUGCACUUCGAAAUGGGACUCUUUCAUUGCCACCUUCAGCUAGACCUUCUCCUUCUUUAAGUCGCAAUAGCACACCUAAUCUGAACGGCAGUCAUGCAAGUGGAAGCAGUAUCUCCACUGGUCGUAAUUCACCUAAUCAUAGCAACUUGAUACAACGAUACAAGAUCGAUGUACAGAAUCAAGAUGAUGCAGUUGAGCCACCAAAGGUGUGGGAAGCGAGUCCAGAUAAAAGACAAGAGAUAUUAAAGAAACGUAAAGAAUUUAUGGUUCUUCAAGCCAGAAAGAAAUUGAUGGAGCAACAGAUGAAGAAAAAAGCAGACUUAGAAGAAGCAAGUGCGUCAACUUCCACUGCUACACCAGCUUCAAGUACGGAAACAUCAAGCCAGAAUGAAAACAUGGCGCAGGAAGACUGCACAAACUUUGAUAGCAUGUCAGUGGAAGAGUUGAACUCACUCACACCGGAGCAAAGAAGGGAUCAAAUGUUACAAGCUUUACAAAAAAGAACAAAUGCCACCGUUUGAAAGUUGUUUCUGAGUGGAUUUGCCUUUGUUUAGUUUGUACAGAUAUACAAUUUAUUAGAGCGUCUUAUAGAUAUGAUAAAGAUAUUACCUUAUUUGCAUUGAUUACGCUUUUACAGAUGAUUGAAAAGGAUCUGAUAUUGGGUUGGCUGUAAAUUUCAGGAAAUGGAAGGUAUUGUUGCGUUAGUUAGAAGUGGG